AUGGGACAUAAACAUUCCAAACAUGCCAAUACUUCUUUUGCAGCAUCCUCUCAACAACAGCUUUCUCCAAACGCUCUCUACACACCAACAACUCAAGGCACAGAACGUGUAGAGCACAUACACGAUGAGGAGGACAACUUACAAGACCUCUUACCUCGUAAUUUGCUGGAAAGCAUGAAACAACAAGCCAAAGAUGGAAGAUAUGUUCUCAACAAUAACAAACCUCCUCAGGAUCAACAACAAGCAAAACCAAUUCCACCUGUUCAAGUAUCUGGAAUUAUGGUUGGAGGGGAUCGCACAGGUCUCGGAACAGCAUCAACCCCGAGCACAACAGGCACACCGAGGAAAACAACAGGCUUUUCAUCAUCAACAGCCUCAAGAUCCAUCGGAGCCUCACACUCUCAAAAUCUAAAUGCCAUGAAUCGGACAAAAUAUAGAAUGGAAAAGGACCUGUAUUUCAAAUCGUGUCUCUCCCUCGACGAAUUUAGGUUAUUUAAGGGAAUUUUUUUAAGUUUUUGUCAUUCAUGUUUUUUACAACACGCACACAUGCAUUCGAGUACAUCGAGUCAAGGUUUACUCUCCUCACGAUCGAGAACAUCCUCGGAAAAUGUUGCAGCAAACUUCAAUAGAGCACGACGAGAUUCAGUGGUUUCUACAAUUUCUAAUGCAUCAACCAUGACCACUCAGAGUCAACAAGUGACAGGAGCAACACCUGGAAGAACCAUUCUGAGAAAUGCCUUAUUAUCUUCCAGUGUUCCUUAUUAUGAUAUUCAUCAACUUUUUUUAACACAACAAGAAUGUCAACAAUUAUUAUUUCAACAUGGAAAGGCUUUUUAUUCACCGUCAUUGAGUAAGAGUUCUUCUGGACAAUCCAAAGCAGGACAACAUGCACAUUAUCAAGUACCACCUUCGACACAAAAUAUUUCUGCUUUUACAGAAUCACAUCCUUUACACAAUGUCACAACCAAUGAUUCAAAGAAAAAUCAACCAACGAGUACUUCGAGUGUGGAUUCUCCUUCGUUUUCUUCUCAGCUAUCUCCUCCACAAAUUACCCUUAAUUCCCAACAAAUGCAAACUCCUUCCACUAUUUUACCUCACACUGGUAGCGGUAUUCACCUCAGAAAUGUAGAAGAUAUUGAAAUGGAUCAUUUGGAAAAAUUUUUAUUUGAAUCUAUUUUUCGUGGAGUCAGUGAUUGUCACUAUUUGCAUUUACCUCAUCAACCUGAUACUUAUAUUUUAUCCUUUCAACGAUUUAUCUUGUCUAUUUCUGCAGCAGCUACAAGCGUGAGAGAUGGACAAAUAUUUAAUCAGAAAUUAAGUCGACUUUCAAUGAGCACUGUAUUUUCGGAUGAUUCUCCAGAAAUGGAAGAACAUGAACAAGUGAAAAAAGAGUAUUUAUUGAAAGAACGAUCGAAUAUGGUGUUCACCAUGCUCGAUGUGGACCGAGAUGAUUGGCUCUCCCGUGAAGAUAUUUUAACUUUCAUGAUUGCAUUGGAUCGACUCGGAAUUUUAACACUUCGAAGAAGUAAGGGCAUGUUGGCUUCUGCUCGAAAGUUCAUGUUCACUCCACGAGAGAGCAUGACUGAGAGCAGUGUGGACGGCUGGUCGGAUGGUGGCACAUCCCCCGUUUCUGAAAAAGUGAAAUCAAAGCGUCCUCUCAAAGAAGAUCACGAAGAAAAACCUCAAGUUUUUACAAGUUCUCUAAUCACCAAUGCCAUGACACAAUCCAAAGAUGAAUACGAAGAGUUGAGUCUUGAAAAUAUGUCACCACAAGAAAAAUUCAAGCAAUUUGAGACACUCGUGGACCACUUUUUCGAUUUUGCAUACAAUCAAAGAAAGAACACGAGUUUACUUCAUUUAAAAACAUCCACAAGUUUGACCAUUUCUAGAGCGGAAUUUUUGGAUAUUAGUCAACAAUACGAUGAUGUCUUUCUGAAUGGAAUGGGAAUGUUUGAAACAUUCAUCCAGCCAAUCAUGAAACCAGUGUAUGAUUUCUUAUCAAAAUCUAAGGAUCCUUAUGAAAUUUCUGGAAAAUUGAAAAAUCUCUAUUCAAAUGCCACCUAUUAUUGUGAAGUGAAAGGUUCCAUGUUAUUCCUGUACGACGUCGAUCCUUCUUCCAUUGACUCUGAAAAUUCCACUGAAAAUCAAUCCAAAUGUAUUGACACUAUUGACUUGAGAAAUGUGGUGAAAGUCAUGAACGACACGGCAGAUUAUUCCACACCCAUGAGUCCUGCAUUCACCAGUCGACCGCAUCAUCACGCCAACAAUGACAAAAAGUCGAAAAAACCAUCCUUACUUGUAAAUUCUCGAGCAUCUGGAGAUGGAGAUGAAAUCAUGUUCAAUGCUCCCAUGACCGAUGUUCCACCUAGUCCAAUUUCACCACUUGCCUACACACAAACCACUAGUUCUUCACAUGAUACUGCUACUACCGUAACGAAUCAUUCCACCACAUCCUCGACGAACAGUGAGCCAAUAUUUUCGUUUGCAACAUCAUCCACAUUUUCCUUCUUGAGUUUACAAUCGACUUCUCAACAAAAUGCAUCCACUCCAACACCCACAGCAUUUGUGUCAAUUUCAAAUACGUUUGUUUCGAAAAAGUAUGUCUUUGCUGCAGACAAUCCAGAACAAAAGAUGAAAUGGUUGUUCACACUCCUCAUGCACAUCACACAAACCAAUGAUUACAACAAUCGAUUCCAUUCAUUUGCUCCCGAACGUGACAAUAUGAAACUCAAGUGGUAUGUCGAUGGAAAAGAUGCCUUCAAAGAUAUUGCCAUUGCAAUGGCUCGAGCGAAAGAUGAAAUAUUUAUUGCCGAUUGGCUCCUUAGUCCAAUGCUAUACUUGAUUCGAGGUGAUAAUUCUCGAUCAGCAGAGUCACGUCUCGACAUUCUUUUGAAAAACAAAGCGGCACAAGGUGUGAAAAUUUAUAUUAUCAUGUGGAAAGAGACUUCUGUUGCGGGCCUUAAUUUGGAUACUCGACAAACAAAGAAAUAUCUCAGAAGUUUAUAUCCAAAGAAUAUUCAUGUAUGCAGCCAUCCAAAGAAAUUCCCUUUAACCUAUGCUCAUCAUCAGAAAAUUGUAGUGGUCGAUCAAUCCGUUGCAUUUAUUGGAGGUUUAGAUUUAGCUUAUGGAAGAUAUGACGAUCAUAAUCACUCACUCGUGGAUGACAAUCACACUUGUCUCAAGUAUCCAUUUUGUGAUUACAUGAAUCCAAACAUUUUUCCACUCACUAAAUUUGAGGAUAAACUUGCACACUUUAGAGACGUGAUUGAUCGUGAGUUUGUUCCACGUGAGCCAUGGCACGACGUUCAUUGUUGUGUCUCUGGUUUAUUAGCAAGAGACGUGGCAAUGAAUUUCAUUGAGAGAUGGAACCAUCACACAAAACCAAUUCCUACCAAUGCCUUACAAUUGAAGCCAGUUCAAAAGAAUCCAUUAUUUGAAUAUUAUAAGAAGAAGGCAGCUCAUCAUGCAAGAAAGGAAUCUGAAAAGAAGACACGACGAGCAUUUGGUGUUCCAUUGUCUCCAUUUAGUGGAUAUAACUUGUCGACCAAUGUUCAAAAUGCACCUCGAUUGUUAAAACAAUUUUUCACCAAUCAGCCCUAUCAUCCACCAUUGACCAGUGACACUUCUCCACCUCCAGAGGGAGGUACGACGAGUGGUAUUGGCAGUAGUGGUAAUAAGCAACCUCGAGGAGAUGAUAACAUGCCAACAACUCCAGGAAGAUUGAGACAAUUUUUCACACCACGCGAUGCUCCUCCUCCUAGUAUUUCAAACUCGAAAGAGGAUGGUGACAACACUACUGUGAAAUCCAAUGAAACCACACCUAAAAAAGAGGAACAUUCUGGUGGACAUCUUAAAAAGCUCAAAAGUCGUUUUACUUCGACGCUUCACAACAACGCUGCUCCUCUUAGUGUCACUACUCAUUCCGAAAUUAUGGAUGACAACAACAAGGGAUCGAACAAAUCGGGUCUGAACCAUACUCAUGCAGGAUCAAACAAAUUGGGUGAUGAUCAUCCCUCUUCGACCCAUGUUCCUCCACUAUCGAGACGUCUCACUGCUACCGAUCGAAAAGACGGAUUGACCACCACACAUAAAGACGACAGCAGUGGUGGAACAACACACAUUAAGGAAAAGAGAAAAUCCUUUAAUUUUGGAACAAGUGCAAAAGAAGAAGCAAAUCCAAUCAUUAUUCGAGCCAUGACACCAAGUGGAGAUGAAUCCACUGCUCCAUUAUCUCCAUCCAUAACUCAUCAGCACGCUGGUCACCUUAAUAGAGAAUUAACAUUACCAAAUUUAAGCACAUCUUCUAAUGCUCCACCACCAAUUUCUACAUCUCCUAGAAUUGAGGGAGUUCGAGCACGUACCAAAAGUUGGUUCGAACGUCACAAUCCAACCAAUAUCAUGAUGAGAAGAGCUGAAAGAGAAAAAGGAACUGGCACCAAUGAAAAAGAAAAGGAAGAAAAACCACCGAAAGGCUCCAAAAUGGCUCAUCUCAGAAUUAUGAAUCGACCUACUGAGGAAUAUUCAUGUCCUGAAGAAGAAGGAUAUGUGUGUAAUGCACAAAUUGUUCGAUCGUUGGGUCCAUGGAGUGGAGCUACAGAUACUGAACAAUCCAUAUAUUUGGCAUAUUUACACAUGAUUGAAGAAGCUCAACAUUACAUUUAUAUUGAAAAUCAAUUUUUCAUUGGAGGUACUGCAGGUGGAUAUGUUCGAAAUGCAGUUCCUCUAUUUAUUGCCAGAAAAGUUAUUGACAAGAUGAAACGAGGAGAAGUGUUUCGAGUGUAUAUUGUGAUGCCUGUUCAUCCAGAAGGUGACAUUGCUGUGAACUCGGUUCAACAAUUAAUGAAAUAUCAAUACAAGACGAUCAAUCGAUCGACCACCUCACUGUACAGCAUCAUUAAGCAAGAAAUGCCAGAGGCUACAGAUGAAAUGAUUGAACAGUACAUUGUCUUUUUGUGCUUACGAAAUUACGGAUUUAUGAAUAACAAUGAUUAUGUGGAAUAUGCAAAAUCUAAAAAAUUUUAUGAUAGCGAUGACGAAUCGGAUGAAGAUGACGACUCGGAUGAAAAGAUUUUCAAAGGUUCUCGUAAAUCAAAGCAUUCUCGAGAAGAAAAGAAAGGCAUGUCUUCCGAUGAAUACUCUUCAGAAGAGGAAGAUAAAACAGGACGUGACACGAAAAAGAAGAAGCGAACUGCUUCCUUUGUAGAUUCCAUUCCAACUGGAAAGAGAGCUGUCACAGAGCUUGUCUAUGUUCACAGCAAGCUAUUAAUUGUUGACGAUCGACAUUGUAUUAUUGGAAGUGCCAACAUUAAUGAUCGUUCCAUGCUCGGAAACAGAGAUAGUGAAAUUGCAGUGGUCGUUUCUGACAAGACAUUUGUGGCAUCACGAAUGAAUGGUCGUCCCUAUAAGGCAGGAAAGUUUGCUUUCACACUUCGAGUGCGUCUAUGGAAGGAACAUUUAGGUCUAUUCCCCAAGAAUGAAAAAACAUCCACCAAGUCGCAGCAUUCUUCUUCACACAAAGACAUGUUCGAUAUGGAAACUGGUGAAGAUCCUCUCUCGAGAAUGAGCAUGGACACCACCACACCUGAUGAAUAUCGAGUGCCACCUCAAAAUGCUCCUUCAACAGCAAGAAUGGCAGCUGCAAAAUUAUUUCACUUGGAUCGCUCUCAAACUCAGUCACAAUCCAAAACUAAAGAAGAACUUGAGCUUGAAGAGCAUGAGAAGCAUCGUAUUCAAAUUGAGGAUCCAAUUGCAGCUGAAACUUUCAAACUCAUCCUUUCCACAGCAAAAAGUAAUACUGAAAUUUUCGAAAAAGUAUUUCCAGAAGUGAUUAGCAAUCGAUUCAGAACGAUUGAUGAAUAUUUGCAAGCAAAAAACAAAGCUUCCACAUUGACUGGUGCGGAAAAAGCAAAAGAAGGUGGACCGUUGACCACUAUUAUUGGAGCUGAACCCCUCACAAAAUUUACAAGUAUUGGAGAAACUUUUACGAAUUUAACACCAGCUGUUUUGGGAUUGAAAAAUCAUGUUCAUUCAAAUCAUAACGAUAGUAAUGGAGAAGAUCAAUCAACAACAAGUAAUACCAAUGGAAAUGACAGCAAUGGAAAUCAUCAUGACGAUUCUCAUCACUUCUUGUCACCAGGAAUGACCAUUCGAAAAAUUUCACACAAGAUUCAUGAAGCUCUCAAUGCACCCAAUACAGAACUUAAAAAACAAAUGAGCCGUGAGUUUUCCAAUCAAGAGAAUGAUGAAAACAGUCCAUCAGCCAACGUUGGUGCUUCCUCUGGUCCACUAGCAGGUUCUUCACAACAACGUCAUCAACAAUAUGACAAUCAUGUCAUGAGUGAAGCUGAAAAGAGAAAAUUAUUGAAAAAAGUGAAAGGAUUUAUUUGCAUGUUUCCACUUCAUUUUGCAAGAGAUGAUCCAUUCAAGACCACGAUGGCGAUUGCAUUUUCAGAAACUGUGGAUGAAGGAAUGUUUGUCUAG